AUGAUAUCUGCUUUUAACAUUGUGCAGAAACAAUCGAAGAAGAACAAAGGUACGCAUAUUCGAGAAAUUCAAGCUUUCCAAAAAAUCUUUCAAACUGUAUAUGAUCCUUUGCAUCUUAAGCGGACAAUUCACUAUGCUGCUAAAACUUUGAGAGAUAUAAUAAAUGAUAAACUUCCCUCAAUGAAGUUUCCUCCUUUAACUCCCAAUAAAUAUCUUUUUGCCUUACAUUUCAAAAUUAAAUUUCCACCUUUACCAACUAGUGAUUUGGCGUUGGCUUUUAGGCCACCAUAUCCAAAAUGGUUUCCAUGUGAUUCUUUACUGGGAAUGAGCCAAAAAUUUAUACCUAAAGAAAAAGAUAAAGUAACUGUUGCUAAAUGCAACAUAUACAAUUUUAGAGGUCGCCUUCACUUAGAUCUGCAUCAUGUUCGAAUCAUUUCUCCUAUGGGAAUAGCUGUUGCUUUGAAAUCAGGAGAUGGAAAAGAAGAUGAUGUUGCAGGUGCACAAACACGAUCGAAGUACAAAUCAGAGAAAUCAUUCAAGAAAGAAAAAUCCUCCAAAGCGAGAAAAGAAAAGCAACACUUUCUUCUAAGCCAUCUCCAAAAAGGACCAAGGAUUCAGAAACUGAAGAUAAACUUGAUGUCUCAUCUGAAGCUGUCGAAGUUGUUAAUACUUCCGAGGAGCCAAAGAAGAAAGAGCGUCGAAAGAAAAGGAACCAAGAGAUCCCGAAACCCGCUAUUGAAGUGGCGCCAAGUGAGGACUUCCCAGACAAAACAAGUACCAAGGGUAAAAAAACGUGGCCACAAAGAUUCGAAGCCAAACAGCGCACACUCUUGUGUUGGGGACAAUGUUUCAAAGAGUAUCGAGCAUAUCAAUGUUAAUGACUCUAAACGGGCACCGCUUCAUUCUACCGACACUUUGAUGGAAUUACCCAUUUUGGAAGAAAGAGAUGUCAUUGAGACUAAGCCCCCUGCAACGAACCUCGAAGUGGAUUCUCCCCAUCAACAUCCAGAAAUACAUGUCAAAGAUUUAGAGAAUAAUCCAUCGAGAUGAGAUAGUGAUCAAAUCAUUACUGAUGAUUUGAGCCUUGAGGUCCGUGUCAAUCAACCCAACGUUAUUAUAAGUGAGCACAAUGUUGGUUCAGAUAACGCGUCUAAGUGUGAUAUAAACUCAUCGAAGAAUGUUACGCCAACAGCUCAAAUCCACACAACAAAUAUGGCUAUGAGUUAAGAAGAAUUCGACCAGCUUGAGAAGGUCAAUCCCCUGGAAGCUUUUGACUUCAUGUUGAAGAGUGGCACUCUUUUCUCUACAAGCAUUAUAGGGUCUUCAAACACUUCUAUUGAUGAUGUAUCAGAGGCUUCGAGAGAAAACCUCUUAGCAGAGUUUUAAAGGAAAGUGCUGGAAAUAGAUUUCUUUCAAGCCAUAGAGCAAGAUGCUAGUAUCAUCCCUGAGAUAAAGGAAUUGCUUCGCAAAUUGAACAAACCUCCUUUUGGCUCAAAAUUCCAAGAGUUUUCUCAGAUACUGGAACCUCUUAUGGAGGACAUCAAUUUGAGUUUCCAUCAAAAGAAGACUGAUCAAUCCAGGCUUGAAGACCAAACCUUACUUUGUAAUCAACUUAUGGCUGAAAUAACCAAAUUUCAAGAGAAAUUUGUCACCUUUCGACAAGAAACUCCAGACGCUAAACAAAAAGUAGAAGAACUUAAGUCUGUCAUUGCCAAACAUGAAGAAGAAAUCAGGCUCUUAAAGUUGCAAAUAGCUAAUGUCCUGGAGAAAGAGGACCUCGUGCAAAAAGAGGCCAGUUUUGUCCAUCAAAAAAUCAAAGAGUCACAAACAUUUCAACAAGAAAUAGCAACACUUGUUGAUAAUGGAAAAGUCCUCGAUGAGAAAUUGGCUGAGUUCAAGGGAAAACUCAACAAACUCAAGUCUGAAUUUGUAAUUUAAACAUUCUUUGUAAUUUUUAUUUUGAAUUCUAUAUCAUGUCCUUUUUAUUGUUGUAA